AUGAAGUUUGGCCUUCCAUCCGUCCUCCACACCUCAUCUUCCUACUCUACUUCUUCACCUCCCGCUCCCGCUUUCGACCGCGUCCACAAAUACCGUCCACCCCCCACCUCUUUUCACUCCUCGGUCCAAGUUAUCGACGAAGAGUUUGGCACCCCUCGUACAAGCUCUCAAGUCAAGCAGGCAUACCUUGAUUCGCAUCCCAACUCGGACGCAGACAGCAGCAACGACGCUGUCGAUAGCGCUGCUCCCACUCCUUCCCUCAUCCGGUCUUCCAUCAGCUCCCCUCGUCAAUCUUGUCAACAAGUCAUGACCGACGCAAUUCGCGCUUCGGGUGACCACGCAAGGCCUUCCCAUGGUCGUGGCACCGCUGCCGAGCAGGGCGCUGCUCUUCGUGCAGCUGCUGAUCGUGAGGUCGGCCGCAGCUCGCCCUCCGGCGUUCACAAGAGCUCCCGGCGCUCUUCUCGCCGAGUCAGUGCACAUGAGUCGCCUCGCGAUUCAGAGCGGGCACUGGAAGACGAGGAACAUCAAGCAAAUCGAUCAUCGCGUCGCUCGUCAAGGCGACAUGGGCGCAAACGUGAUUCCGCUGUCCAGCGUGAUCAAGAGCCCCUCUCCGAGAAGCGCGGGCAGAGCACGGCUGCGGCUCAGGGUGCCGCCUUCCGCAGGGGAGAAGAUCCAACCUUGCCAUCCGCCGAGCAGACUCACGAGGCUCGCGAACGUCAUCUUCGCGCAGCUUACGGGGAGACGCCCAAGCUCGGCAAAGGUUCCCCCAACAAGCCUCCUGUCUAUCCCAUGACCGGUAUCGACAACCUGGCACUCCUGAUGGAAGACGACUCUUACACCACCUCGUGCUUCUCCAUCUACAUGUUCAAAUCCGAGCUCGAUCUCGAGACUGUCGACAACUUCUUCGAGGUGCUCGCCGAGACGUAUCCCAAAUACAGGUACGUGGUCGACCUCGACCCCAAACUCUCCAAGAAGCUUGAGAAGGAGACUUUGCGUGGUAAGCCUGGCACGUCGCCUCCUCGCCGUGACUUCGAUGCGGGUCGUCGCACCAACUAUGGCAAAGGUCUCAAAGCAGGUUCGCUAUUCCGCCCGGCUCGAUGGCGAUACGUUCCUGACUUCGAUAUCAAGGAAAACAUCGAGCACGUCGCUCAAUGUCCCGGUGACGGCGACGAUAAGGCACUCAACAAGCUCGCCGGUAAGUUCCUUGGUCGCCACUUUGACUAUUCCAAGCCCAUCUGGGAGGCUCUGGUCGUCAAUGGCCUCAGCACUUCCGAUGGCGGUCGUAGUGCACUCAUGAUCAAGAUCCACCACUGCUUCUCGGACGGUCAAGGCAUGAUCCAGAGCUACCACGCCGCUCUUGGUGCACUCGAGCAGGGCAUCGGCAUCCGCGACAUCCAGAACAAGGUCGACUCCAACACCUCGCAAAACAAGCGACCCGGUCAGCGCGAAGACAAGCCUAGCAUGUGGGGCACCAUUCAGCACGCUGGUCACUUGGUUCGCGGCCUCUACUUCCGCAAGCGCAAGUCGUUCCUCUAUCAGGAGAAGCGUAAACGCGCCGAAGGCCGACUGUACUGCCACAGCGAGGGCAUCGAUAUGGACGACAUCAAGAUGAUUCGCAAGGCGUACGGCACGCCCAAGCUGAACCUCACGCUCAACGACGUUGCGCUUGCCAUCCUUGCCCGUGCUCUUCGCAUUGCCUCGGAGCGAGUCGAUCCUAGCAGAAGGCACAAGGAUAAGCGAGUUGCCAUCUUUGUGCCCAUCUCUGUUCGUCCUAAGGGUGACUGGUCUCUCAGCAAUGCUACCACAGGGUCGAUCGCUUGGUUGCGUUUCGAGAAGGAGGACAAGCCCGAUUUCGAGGAGCAGCUGGCCCAGGUACAUCGCGAAAUGGGCCGUGUCAAGCGCUCGUAUGGACCCAAGAUCCUCUUCAAGGUGUUCAACGCUUUUGCCAAACGUCGCAUCACCUACCUGCCCAACUACCCAGGUUUGCGUCAGAUCUACUACCGUGCCUUCCGAGAGUACCAUGUUGCCACCAAUGUGCCCGGUCCUCCCAAGCCUGUCAAGUUUGGCGAUCACGAGGCUUACAGCUACCACGUGCUGCCACCUUCGAGUCCCGGCAAGUCGACCAUGGCCAUCGGCAUGAUCUCGUACGCCAACGACUUUUCGCUCGCAGUGUCGUGCGACGACGUGCCGGAGUUCAAGCACCUGGCCGAGGAGAUCUGCAAGGCAUUCCAGGACGCGGCGGUGCAGAUCAUCGAUGCCGCCAACGAAAGGAUGGCCAGCAACAAGGAAGCAGCGCCUGGUAAGGCGCAAUGA